AUGGAGCGCACGGGUUGUACUCAGUCGGCAGGGUCCCCUGAGUCCAGGGAACAGGAUGCAGCUGAGCAGCCGCAGCAGCAGCAGCAGCAGCAACAGCAGCAGCAGCAGCAGCAGCAAAAGCAGCAGAAGAGGCAAGCCUCGCCUUCAGGAAAGGUCGAGGGCCACUGUGCUGUGUCUCCAGACUCUGGAGCAGCUGCAGCAGCUGCUGCUGGAGGUGCUGCUGCAGAUGGGGAGCCCACUGAAGCAGCAGGAGCAGCAGAAGCUGCAGCAAAGCAUGUCAAGGAGCCCCACGAGCAAGCUGCAGCAGCAGCAGCAGCAGCAGCAGCAGCAGACCCCAAGUCUCCUGCCGCAGCAGCAAAUGAGGCAGCAGCAGCAGCGGCGGGGGUCGUGGCUGCCUCUUCGGAAGAGCCGCCGAGAGCUGCGGAGUCCCCAGAGGAAGCAGCCGCAGCAGCAGCAGCAGCAGCAGCAGCAGCAGCAGCAGCAGCAGCAGCAGCAGCAGCAGCAGCAGCAGAGUCUCAGUGCGGGGGAGGCGAAGGAGUGGCUGGGACUGAGGCCUCGGGCCAGCGGGCUGUCGCGUCUCCUGAAGCAGCAGCAGAGUCCGGAGCAGCAGCAGCAGCAGCAGCAGCAGAAGCGUCCGAAGACAGCAGAGCAGCAGAAGCCAGCGCACAGGAAGCAGCAGCAGCAGCAGCAGCAGCAGCAGCAGCAGCAGAUGGUGCUGCAUCCGUAGAAGGUGCAGCAGCAGCUGGUGGGGCGUGCGACGCAGCCUUGAGUGGGUCUGAGGGCGCGGCGCCAGCCGCUGCAGCCGCCCCCGCAGCAGCAGCCGCAGCAGCAGCAGCAGCAGCAGCAGCAGCAGCAGCAGCAGCGCUGCCGGAGAGCGAACUGCAGGUGAACAUGAGCAGCAGCUGCGACGAGCGGCUGCAGACGCGAGUGGCUUUGCUGUCAUCUUCGGAGGAAAUUCAAACUUACAUAAACGGGGUCUUUUUGCCGCUGCUGCAGCAGGCGCGGCUGCAGCAGCACAGCCGCCGCAUGCAGCAGCAGCAGCAGCAGCAGCAGCAGCGGCGGAAGAAGCCGCUGCUGCUGCACCUGCAGGAGGAGGCGGAGGGCGUGUCCGGGGAGCGCGUGGGCCCCGCGCCUUCGCCGGAGCCCCCCGCUGCUGCUGCGCCUCCCCCCCCGCAGCAGCAGCAGCAGCAGCAGCAGCAGCAGCAGCAGCAGCAGCAGCAAGUGGUGCACCCCGUGAACGGGCUGCCGCUGCAGUGCAGGAGAGUAAAGCUCUACGAAGUCGACGGGGAGACUGGCAAUUGGCUGGACCGCGGGACAGGUCACUUUUAUGUGGUGGACGGCAGCAGCCCGGAGCUGCCGGAGCCGCCAGCAGCAGCAGCAGCAGCAGCAGCAGCAGCAGCAGCAGCAGCAGCAACGGGCAGCAGGCUGGUGGUGCGGGAAGAGGCCUCGGGCGCGCUCGUGGUGGACUCGGAAAUCCGCAGCAACGGGCUUUACCAGCACCAGAAAGACAGCAUCAUCACCUGGCAGGAGCGCCGCAGCAGCAGCAGCAGCAGCAGCAGCAGCAGCAGCAGCAGCAGCAGCGACAGCAGCAGCGACAGCUUCCGAGCCCUCUCCUUCCAACACGCCCACGGCUGCUUCGCUCUUUGGUCUUAUAUUUCGCUGUUGGCCCCCGAGGCUCUUUCGGGGAGUUUAAGUGACGAAGAAGAAGAAGAAGAAGAGGCUUUCGAGUCGGAGGCUGGCGGCCGUGCUGCUGCUGCUGCUGCUGCUGCUGCUGCUGCUGCUGCUGCUGCUGAGGGCGAGGCGGAGGGGGGCGCCGCGGGCUGGCCCGCAGCAGCAGCAGCAGCAGCAGCAGGCAGGGAGGGGGCCCCCAGGGGGCCCCGGGUCCUGGGGGCCCCCUCUGCUGCUGCGCUGCCGCUGCUGGCCCAGAAGCUGGACUAUUUGCUGCAGCACCCCCACCGCAGCCAGGAGGCGCAGCAAGACAUCCGCAGCCGCGUGUGGCUCCGCAGCUUCUUCGCCCUCAUGCGCCGCCUCCUCGCAGCUGCCGGCAGCAGCAGCAGCAGCAGCAGCAGCAGCAGCAGCAGCAGCAGCAGCGGCGGCGGCGGCGGCGGCGGGGGGAGCAGCCCCGGGAGGGAGCCGGCAGCGCCGGAAACGGACGGGCACGAAGCCGCAGCAGCAGCAGCAGCUGCUGCUGCUGCCGACUCGGCUGCAGCAGCAGCAGCAGCAGCAGACGCAGCAGCAGACGCAGCAGCAGACGCAGCAGCAGCGGGCGCGGAAGCAAUGAGCGCAGCAGCAGCAGCAGAGGCGCUGCAGCAAAUGGCGCUGGUGGUGCGGAAAAUGCUGGUGGCCUGGGCGGGGCAGUUGGAGACUUUGGAAGUUUUUCUCUCCGACGAAUUUUGGUUUGAAGUUUUAACUUGUUUAGAACAUGAAAAAGAAAUUGCUUCGCAGCAAAUGGCCCUGCCCCACACCGCCUUCUUCCGCCGCGUCCAGUUCCACGAGGUCCUCAGCAGCAGCAGCAGCAGCAGCAGCAGCAGCAGCAGCAGCAGCAGCAGCAGCAGCAGCAGCGGCAGCAGCAGCAGCGGCAGCAGCAGCGGCGAGCAGCAGCAGCAGCAGCAGCAGCAGCAGCAGCAGCAGCAGCAGCAGCACGAGCAGUUCGUGCAGCACGUGCACCUGCACUACCGGCUGAUGUACCUGCGGGAUGUGGCUUUGACGAGAUAUAUGGACGAGGCCUCUCUUGCGCAGCUGCAGUGUCUUUUAGCUGCCAACGGCCACUCCAUAAUAAGUUUGCUGUCGCAGGCAGCAGCAGCGCAGCAGCAGCAGCAGCAGCAGCAGCAGCAGCAGCAGCAGGGCGGCGGGGAGUGGGGCGGCGCGCUCAGCCCCUGCGACGGCGAAACCACCAGCAGCAGCAGCAGCAGCAGCAGCAGCAGCAGCAGCAGCAGCAGCAGCAGCGCGCUGGAGCUGCUGAAGGCCAGGCUCGGCACGGACUACUACUGCCUGCUGUUCGUGCGGGAGCUGCUGUCUUUGCUGCAGCGGCUGACAGCAGGCCCUCCGGCGCUGCUGUACCCGCCCUGCUACGGCGACAGCAGCAGCAGCAGCAGCAGCAGCAGCAGCAGCAGCAAAGGCUUCCGCGGCUCCGGCCACUCCGUCUACAGCCUUUGUCUUCAAAUCCGAAACUCCGGUUUGCUGCUGCAGCUCAAGGGCUACCUCAGCGGCGACCCCGCAGCAACAGCCAUGUGGAGGGAAGUCAUUGCCCCCCACAACGCCAGCGCCCAGCAGGUACGCAGCUAG